AUGGCUGCGCCAACUUCAUCACUUGCAUUUCUUAUAAUAUCAUCGUCUCUUAUAAUUAUCUCUGCUCAGCUUCAAGACUUGAAAUUUGUCUUUCAUGGAUUCAAAGGAAACGAAACCAAUCUCACCACAGAAGGAGCUUCCAUCAUCAAAAACACCGGUCUACUCAGACUCACAAACCGAUCCCAGAACGUAACCGGCCACGCGUUCUAUUCAGAGCGCAUUCGAAUGACUGAAAGGACCUCUCCUUCGCACCCUAAAAACGUCUCUUCUUUCAGUACCCAUUUCGUCUUCGCCAUAGUCCACCGCGGCUCCGACCCCGGAGGCUAUGGCCUCACAUUCACCAUUUCUCCAAAGAACAGAUUCCCGGAAGCUGAAGCAGACCACUAUCUCGGGCUUUUCAACAAAGCCAACGACGGUAGUUCGACCAACCAUAUCUUCGCCGUCGAGUUCGAUACAGUUAAUGGGUUCAACGAAAACGCGGAUAGGAACGGAAACCAUGUCGGAAUCAACAUCAACGGCAUGUUAUCCAACGCGGCUGAACCGGCAGCUUACUAUAGAGAAGGCUCAGACUCAAACAAAGAAGAUGUGGAUUUAGAGAGCGGAGAUCCGAUUCAAGCAUGGAUUGAUUACGACGGUCAAACCAGCUUCGUUAAUGUAACAAUCGCACCUACCUCUCUAGACCAACGACCGAGCAGACCCCUUCUGUCCAAGUGGGUAAACUUAACAGACGUCGUUUUGGACGAUAUGUAUAUUGGGUUUUCUUCAUCGACGGGAAUAAAGGCCAGCUCUCAUUACAUUCUGGGUUGGAGUUUCGCGUUGAACGGAGAAGCUCCGCCAUUAAACCUCACCCAACUUCCAACGAGCUCCGCCGGUUCGUUCAAUGCGGGUCGUAUAAUGCUGUUCCUAUCUUCUGUUAUUGUGACCCUGCUGCUUUUGGGUAUAUGA